CUGGCGGCGGCGGCGGCGGCGGCGGCUUGGGGGCUGAGGCGAGCAGCGGAGAGGGGAGGCCGGAGAUCAGCGGGCAGCGCGACGAGCGGGCGGGCCUGCAUGGCGGGGGUUCGCGAGGCUGCCGGUUGAUCUCGGCGUUGCUGCUUACUGCCGCCCCCUCCUCCUCCUCCUCCUCCACCUCCCGGCGCGAUGUCGAAUCCCGGUACCCGCCGGAACGGCUCCAGCAUCAAGAUCCGCCUCACAGUAUUAUGUGCCAAGAACCUUGCAAAGAAAGAUUUCUUCAGACUUCCUGACCCGUUUGCAAAAAUAGUUGUGGAUGGGUCAGGUCAGUGCCAUUCGACUGACACUGUGAAGAACACAUUGGACCCCAAAUGGAACCAGCAUUACGAUCUAUACGUUGGGAAGACAGAUUCCAUAACCAUCAGUGUAUGGAACCAUAAAAAAAUCCACAAGAAACAGGGAGCUGGCUUCCUGGGGUGUGUCCGACUCCUCUCUAAUGCCAUCAGCAGGCUAAAAGAUACUGGAUACCAGCGUUUGGAUCUAUGCAAACUAAAUCCCACAGAUACUGAUGCUGUACGAGGCCAAAUAGUGGUCAGUUUACAGACAAGGGACAGAAUAGGCACAGGAGGUUCUGUAGUAGACUGUAGAGGGCUUUUGGAGAAUGAAGGUUUCCCCAUUUUCAGAACGGUUUAUGAAGAUUCUGGACCUGGAAGGCCGUUGAGCUACUUUAUGGAAGAGCCAGCACCAUAUACAGACACUACAGGGGCUGCUGGAGGAGGAAACUGUCACUUUGUAGAGUCUCCAAGUCAAGAUCAGAGGCUGCAGGCACAGCGACUGCGGACUCCUGAAGUCAGAGGUCCCGUACAGACACCUCAGAACAGGCCACAUGGCCACCAGUCGCCUGACCUACCAGAAGGCUAUGAGCAAAGAACAACAGUACAGGGACAGGUUUAUUUUUUGCACACACAGACUGGAGUUAGCACGUGGCAUGACCCUAGGAUACCAAGAGACCUUAACAGUGUGAAUUGUGAUGAGCUGGGACCUUUGCCUCCAGGUUGGGAGGUUAGAAGUACAGUUUCGGGAAGAAUCUAUUUUGUAGAUCACAAUAACAGAACCACACAAUUCACAGAUCCACGACUACAUCACAUCAUGAACCAUCAAUGCCAGCUAAAAGAGCCCAGCCAGCAGCCUCUACCAGCUCCAAAUGAGGGAUCACUAGAAGAUGGUGAGGAGUUGCCUGCACAGAGAUAUGAAAGAGACUUGGUACAAAAGUUGAAAGUCCUUAGACAUGAGCUCUCCCUUCAGCAACCACAGGCUGGUCACUGUCGCAUUGAAGUAUCCAGAGAGGAAAUAUUUGAGGAAUCCUACCGUCAGAUAAUGAAGAUGAGACCAAAGGACUUGAAAAAGAGGCUCAUGGUGAAAUUUCGAGGAGAGGAAGGCCUGGAUUAUGGAGGAGUAGCAAGAGAAUGGUUGUAUUUACUGUGCCAUGAAAUGUUGAAUCCCUAUUAUGGACUCUUCCAGUACUCCACAGAUAAUAUUUACAUGCUGCAAAUCAAUCCAGACUCUUCUAUCAAUCCUGACCAUUUGUCUUAUUUCCAUUUUGUUGGUCGGAUAAUGGGUUUGGCUGUGUUCCAUGGACACUAUAUCAAUGGGGGCUUCACAGUUCCCUUUUACAAACAGCUUCUGGGGAAGCCCAUUCAGCUCUCUGAUCUGGAAUCUGUUGACCCAGAAUUACACAAAAGUUUAGUCUGGAUCUUAGAGAACGAUAUCACCCCAGUCCUGGACCAUACAUUCUGUGUGGAGCACAAUGCAUUUGGGAGGAUUCUGCAGCAUGAGCUCAAACCAAACGGCAGGAAUAUUCCAGUGACAGAAGAGAACAAGAAAGAAUACGUCAGGUUGUACGUAAACUGGCGGUUUAUGAGAGGAAUAGAGGCACAGUUCCUGGCUCUGCAGAAAGGUUUCAACGAACUUAUUCCUCAACAUCUCCUUAAGCCUUUCGACCAGAAGGAACUCGAGCUAAUCAUAGGAGGCCUGGAUAAGAUAGACCUGAACGACUGGAAGUCAAACACACGUUUAAAGCACUGCAUGGCAGAUAGCAAUAUUGUGAAGUGGUUCUGGCAAGCAGUGGAAACAUUCGAUGAAGAAAGAAGGGCAAGGCUGCUGCAGUUCGUGACGGGUUCGACGCGUGUCCCACUUCAAGGUUUCAAGGCUUUACAAGGUUCUACAGGCGCUGCAGGACCCAGACUGUUUACCAUCCAUUUAAUAGAUGCAAACACAGACAACCUUCCCAAGGCCCACACUUGCUUUAACCGGAUUGACAUUCCGCCUUACGAGUCAUACGAGAAGCUUUAUGAGAAGCUGUUGACAGCUGUGGAAGAGACAUGUGGGUUUGCUGUGGAGUGAAAAAGCAACCAAAGGAAACAGAUGCUAGCUCAUGGACCACCAAAUUAAAAGCUAGAAGAAGCUUGCUGUGAACUUCCUGCUAAGCUGUCUGAAGCAUCAGAACUCUAGACAACUUAGAGACAGGGCUGUUUCCCUUCCACCACUGGUGGAUGAGGGUGGGGGUGGGGGCUUUUGUUGGUGGUUUCCAACUCUAUUUUCUCUCCCCUUUGUUACAAUAACCCCUUCCCUCUUCUUCCAUUCCCCAUAAAACAAUAUGUAGCCAAGUUCAGCAUUUGGCUUUGGUUACACAGGAUAUUCUGCUAGAUUUGUAACACAUAUUGUGAUAGGGUCAGCGACCUGGGGUUGGUGGUUGUUUUUUUUUAACAAGAGAAUCAAAGUGUGAUUAAGAAUGAGCUUAAUUUGCUGAGGACUUGCAACUGGUAGGUGUACCUGAUUAGUUUGUCUUAAAUCAAGCUUGAACCCUUGCAGAGUCCAGGUGCAGAAUGUCUGACUGGCACUAGAAUUUACAUUGCACAUUUUAAACACCUGUUUAAAAAGUAAACUUCUAGCAGAAAAUACCUCCAUGCAAACACAUAACUGAUAGGUAUAGAAAUCCAAGCUCUGCCUUAGCAGGAAGCUCCCAGUGGAAGCCAUGGCUCACCUUGAGAAAAGUGAAGGAGCCUGGGACAGCUUAAAUGGUGUUGUAUGAUUUUGUUUUUCAGUUGUCCUGGCUGCAAUCUAAUUGUUUUGCACAUGAAAACAAUUAUUUCUUCCUGCAGAAUUAUUUUCCAUAGUCCAUCCAGAUGUAAGUAUCUCACGGAGAAGCGUUGCAAGGAGGAGAACAAAGGAUAAAAAACCUGUUCAAAGCCCAAAGCUGUGAUUUCUGUGAUACUGUUUUACCCAAGAUGCAUUUGUGCAACUUCAAAUUCCAAGACUCACAUGGAAAUCACUGAAAGCAACAGAGCAGACUUUGGCUGUGAACUUUAUGACCUUGAGAAAGGUUUAUUUGGAGAUUGAGGUAAAAGGGCAACUAUACAGUGAGCACAUUUUAAAUGUUAUGGAAAGCCAUUGGAAGAACUUAUGACUUCAGUUCUGUAGGGAUGAAAAUUUUUCUCCAGAGAGCCACACAAGGCUAUUUUUUUUUCAAAUACCUAAAAGUAAUAUUAAAAGCUUUGUGCUCUAACACAUUGCUAAAACCUCCCAGAGGAAACAGAGGCAAAUCAAAUACCUGAAUCACUAACAUUUUUCUCCCGGUUCGCACACCAAGACAAGGCAGUAUCUUAACAAGUAACAUGGCUUCAGAAAGUCCCAAACCUGUCUAAACUUCAGUAAAGCAGGCUUGCUUGUAUAGGAUUUCCUUGGGGUUUUUUCUUCCCUUUGGCAAGCCUGAUUUUCAGAGAGAUUCAUUACUGAAACAUUUAACAGAUGUUACGUUGAUGGAAUAGUGCAUUGAAAUUCAGCUGUGGGUAAGAGGUUGUUUGUAGAAGAUGUCUACUGGAAUACUUCUGUUUUAGUUUGGUUUUCUUUUCAUUGAAUUUGGUAAUAGCUUUAAACUGUGAUAGGACAGAAGGUAGACAUUUGUCAAAGCCCUGGCAUCUUGCUCCAUUUUGUUUGUGGUUUCUUUUUUCCAUUGACCAUAAUCCUUGUGGUUUGUCAGGAGUAAGGAUUGCAUCGGAGGUGUAAAACUGUACCACGUUGUGAGAUUUGCACGGGUGGCUAAAGGUGUUCAUCCUGCAAGGCUGUACAGGAGAGGCAUGUUUAGACCCACGUUCUGUAGGACUCCUUUUGGCACUUGGGGACCAGUUUUUGCAGCACUGGAUGCUGGGAACUAAGUGAUGUGACUCUUGCAGAAAAGAAGAAAUGCAACUGUCAGCACAGAAGCAUCUGUACGGUCUUGAGCUGAGCAACAGAAUCCCCACAGCCCUGGUUUUUCAGGAUGGCUGUGGAGUUGUACCUGUUCAUAGAGUGUAAUUAAUCCUUUCAAUGCAUUUGAAUGUGCAAUAAACCAGUCAGAUAGGGAGGGGGAAAAAAAAAAGGUAAAAUGGAUUAUUGCCCAAAAGCUUUGCUUGCAUUCCCAUGUGAACUUUACACUAAAAGAAUUUCAAACCCCCAGAUACUAAAGCCCACCACAAACAGAAACCCUUCCGCAGAGGCUCUACCAUGCAGCACAACUGGCUCAGCUCAGUACAAAGCAAGCAAGGUGAAAGUAAAGCCCCCCCCCCUACACCCCCCAUUUGGAGAUCUGUAGGUCAAGUAGCUUCAUGUCAGCGACACGGUUGACAUCUGGUAGUUCCUAAUGUCUUUGCUAGGUCAGUGUUUUAUUGAAUGCACAAAAUAAGAAUAGGCAAGGAUCGUUGUUUGGAAGAGUCUGUCUGUUUUUUGCUGUAUUUAAAGCCCUUGUCAAGGUACCUCCUCCAUGCUGACAGUGACGAGAGUUAGGGCCCUGUCUUUUUAGUUCUUUCAGUUCUCCUCUGAAGAGUUUCACCACCUCUCCCAUCGUGUUGUCUUUGCGAUUUUGUGCCACUUCAGCGACGAUGAGGACUUCUUUUUGUGUUCUGCACACGCAUUUGAGGCAGGCCUUAAAGCUGGUUGAGGGGAUGGAGGGAGAUGAAGAAGUGAGGCAGAACGGGUGUUUCAGCAGUGGCUUGUUCUUCCUCUGCCUGGUUUCGAGGCCAAGGAAGGAUGAAAUGCAAACCACAGCUUGCAUGGCUUGAGCUGUGAACUCUCUGAAGUCUCAGGAGCUGUUGGGAUAACCUCAGCUGGCUGAAUUUGUUUGUUCAUUUCCCACUUGGUCUGCCAGCACUUGAACUGGUUGCUACUUCUCAAACUUGCCCAAAGAAUAACAUCAAGUCUGGUGUUCAUUUUAUCAUUACACGUUCCACCUUGUACACGGAUUACUCUUGGAUCUGACCCGAAGGAAAUACAAGGUACAGUGUGUCUUUCGUUCCUGUCCUAAAGGCAAACCUAAAAGCUGGUCCAUCAGCACAGACCUCCCGUGCUUGCCCUGAUACUGCUCAUCAGCCUAUACUCUAUGCUCAGGGAUGUAGGGAACCACCACUUGGCUCGCGUUUGAAAUCGGGAAGAAACGAGGCUGUCUUAACGAACGGUAGCGUCCACUUGGGCAUUAAUGUCAGACGAGACCCUGCUUCAAAAAGGCUGCUGGAAGCUCCAGAUGGUGAAAUCAGCAUUUGCUCAGCAGUAUGGACAUCGUUCAAGUCGAGGUGGUUAUGAAAUCCAACAGAUUUUGUAAACCAGUGAUCCAGCCACUGGGCCCUCUGGAGCCAGUGCCCAGGUUCAGGGCCACGUGGCACAGCAAGUUCCCAGAAACACAGCAUGGAUCUGUUUUUAAUUCGUUUAAUUUGUGGUUGUUUGUUGUUGUUGUUUGUUCCUCGACCACUUUAUAUAAUGUUUUGUUUUGGGGGUUUCUUUUUAUUUAUUAUUUUUUGUAAUGUCAUGUUUUAAGUAUUGCUGCUAUCCUUGGUAUUCUUCCCACCGUUUUUAUUGCAGAUUUAUUUUGUGACCAGUUGUACACUAAUGUUUCAUUUUAUGUCUAAAUCAAAGUAUUUAAAGAAAUACUAGUUCUAUUUAAUGUGGUUAUGGAACCAGCUGGAAUAAACAGUGAUUGUAUAGUAGGCUGGACCCAGGAGGUCAUGUUCAUUUUUGUUACAUAUGCAAUAAACUCACAACUUUAAA